AUGCCGCCUCAAGACUCCGGCUCGCCCCUCCGCUUGAAACCGCCGGCUAUUACUCUCGUCCGAACCGACCUAGAAUCAGAGCCGUCCAACGGCUCAUCCCAUGAUUCACCAGAUGAUAGAGUGCCCGCCCACUUUAGGCUACCAGCACUACAGAGUCCUAAGCGGAACCACGUCCGAAUUGAAAGUCAAGACACCGCUGCCUUGCCUCCUUCAGAGCAAGAUGCCGAGGACCACCGUUCUCACACGAAACGGCCUUCUUCUGCCAUCACAGCCGAGGGUAAAAACGCGACCAACACCAGCCGAAGGAGCUUGUCAGGCGAUGACUCAGGAGAUCGGGCAAUGCGAUCAUGGCCAGAGAAAAUGGUCACCUUCGCGCAACUUCGUGCCCAAAAGAUUGCCGAGCAUAGAUAUUUCAGCUGGAUCGGGCCUAAGCUCACCUGGGGAAAACUCAAGCCUGUCUUACGAAGUGCGGUAUCUUCUUGGCUAGGCUUAGUUUUGAUUGUGAUUGUUCCAGUCGAGCGAGCUAUUGGGACAGGUUCAUUCUUCAUUCUUAUUGUUGGAUUUAUGAUGCCCCCGUACGAGCCGGUCGUCCAGACGCUGGAAAAAUAUAUCAACCUGUUCCUUUUCGCUUCUAUGUCUUGGGUCUGGGUCAUCAUCGCGAUUGCUAUUGCUGGCGCCACUCGUGGUCCGCUGGACCUCGACAAAGUAGCCAAAGCUGAAGCUAAGUGGGGGUUCUUGAAGGAAUCGAAUCCUACAAAAUAUCAACAACGGAUAAUAUUCGACGGGACAUACCUGCAAGCCAAACCAGCUGUUGUUUGUGCCGUUUUCCUUUCCGCUGGAACGGGGGCUUUGCUGUGGUGGAAACUCAGGACGUCUCCUAGUCCCGCUACUUUCCCUCUGGUUCUCUCCUGCAUAUUGAUCGACGUCAGUUUGACCACUGCUGUUUUCUACCCCACCAAUGUCUACGAUAUUGGCCUGAUCUUUUUCUUACCCAUGGCCAUUCAAGCUGGCAUCGGGACCCUCUGUUCCAUCCUCAUCUUUCCCGAAUCAGUCGGACAUUCGUUUCAAUCUAAAUUCGGGGGUGUCUUGGACCCUUUGGCGUCCGCUAUGAAAUCAAUCGACGAACUUUUCAGCGAAGCUGAACAAACCGUUGCCGACUCCGAAGACGACGACUUUCUGUCCGCCAGAGACACUCAGAGAGAGCGAGAGGGCUGUGCGGACAGGCUCGAAAAUUGGGCAGGCCGCUGCAAAGGCAUCAGAACCAAGCUUCUCCAAUCGCUUACCGGUCUACCCCCUCUAAGGGCCCAACAAAGGUAUCUAUCAGUGGACAUCAGCUACAGCCGUCUCUCUGGAGAAGACCUGCGAAAUCUUUUCGAUCACCUUGCACUUCUCCAAGCUCGUUCAGGAGGAAUGGCAUUCUUCUUUGACGUUAUCAUCACGAAUGCUAAACAUUCUCAUUUGGAUUCGUCUGCGUGGUCUGUUCAACAGGUCGCACAAUCACGACCUGGAUCGAGAGCGACUUCUAUUAGGAACGAGUCUCUGGACGAUCGACAUGACAACGGCGAGUACGAAGUUCGAGAUGAUGAUGCUGCCACACCCGCGUUGGAGCUCGAGGACUCAGCCGACGGCUCUCACAACCCCAAUCAUUACUUUGGGUCAAAAAGAUUCAGCAUGCCCGGUAUACUGCGACGGAGCGGCUCUCCUCAUGGAAUAUCAAACUCUCACAAAGGGAGUCAUAUGUCUCUGUUGGAUCAUCUGAGAAAGUCACAACAGCCUGUUGGCAUCUACGAAAGCACCAGGUACAUGGACAUCGAGCGCAACUUUGCCGUCGAUACUGCCCAGGUCCUUGAGCAACUCGACAUAUUGGCCCGCGGAUGUGUUCCAGUCAUCCGAGGGUGCCAAAGCGCCUUAUCAAAAGCGUCCCAAUGGAUUGUGAAUGUGAAUCAUGACCGCCACAUCAUGACAUGGGCAAGCCAACAAACUCAGAAUCACAAGAAAGGCGCACUUGAUGACGCAUUGUCGCAAGUGAUUGCAACUCUACAAGGCGCGCUGGACGACUUUCAAAUAUCUCGGUUGCAAAUUAUCCAACCUUACAAGCACCUGUUUGACCCAAAUUACCCAGCAGAGACCGGCCUUCGAGGCAAGAUCCAUUUUCGCGGCUUGUUUCAAAAUUUUGUUGCUCAAUAUCAUCUGAUAGAGUUUUCGACUGCUCUUCUGGAACUCUUACGGAUGAUGCAAGAUCUGGACAGAUCGCGACCUGACCGAAGAUUAUGGUUUCCUCGCAUAUCUUCCAUGCUCAGCCAUUUGCAACACAGCCAGAAGGAAAAGCAUCUUACAGAAGGAGACGAAGAAGGGCACGACAACGAUGCUGCUUUCAAUCGUGAUGAAGACGAGCUGCUAGGAGAAGCCAAAACUCGUAAUCCCGAGUAUAAGCCUUUCGACUCUUCGUGGCUCAACCUCGUCGCGAAAGCCAUCAAAGUGCUCGACAUUUUCCAAAGCAGGAGCUCAAUGUUCGCCGUCAAGGCUGCCAUGCUGGGGGCUCUGACUACUUUGCCGAAUUUCAUUGCAUCAUCGGCUUCUUUCUACUACUUCAAUCGAGGAGUGUGGUGUACCAUCAUGGCGCAACUCAGUAAGCAUUUGGGAUAUGCUGGUGAUACUGCAACAGCAUGGCUCAGCCGAGUGGUGGCUUCUUCUUGGGGCUGUUUACUGGGAAUGGUUAUCUGGUACAUCAGCAGCGGACAUGGACAAGGAAACCCCUACGGAGUAGCGGCUGCCUGUGCAGUGAUUUUCCCGAUUGCUGCUUUCUUUCGAGUGCACUUUCCAGGCCCGGUCCUGACGGCUGUCAUGUUGCCUGUGACUAUGGGACUCGUGAUAGGUUAUUCUUAUUACAAUGGAACCAUUGGUCCUCUGACUCACGCCGAAUGGGGAUGGGACGUUGCCUGGCGGCGAUUUCUUUGUGUUCUUAUCGGUAUCUCGGCUGCCUGGGUAUUCUCCUAUGUACCUCCCGUUUAUUCAGCAAAGAGAGCUAUUCGAUACUCGUACGCGCGAACGAUCGGCAUCACGGGCUCAAUUCUCUGUGAGAUAUUGUCUCAUGCAAAUGACCCUCAUUACCAUCUGAAAGAAGACGAUGAGAUUCUCAAGCAGUUGAUUGCCUGGCGUUCAAAGCUAAACAAGCUGGGAGCCAGACAUAUAAAUGCUACUCGCGAGAAAUCAUUGAGAGGCAAAUGGCCGGAAGAACGAUACAAGCUUAGUGACGGUGGAUGUACUCGAGUCCAACAACUAUAUGCGCUACGCCCUGGGAAUCACUACUACGUUCUCGCUUGUGUCAAGGCUAGAUAG